CCGUCGGAUAGAUAGCAAGAGCUACAUACGAAUGGGCGACACGCAGCAAGUAGACCGAGAGGUGGAGCAUCUUAGGGUCGUCAUCACCAGAUUAGGCUCUGCUCAGCCGGACGGGAAAAUCGGGGUGUCGUUCGGCAAUCUCUUCGACGACGAGGAGGGCCAGCAGUUCUUCGAGGCCAUCGUGGGGACGCUCCGCGCAGCCAAGAAACGCGGCGUGGUGGACUUCAAGGGGCAGAUGCUGUUGAAGGGGGCGCACGACGACGUGAUCAUAACUUUGCUCAAGCCAAUCGACGCCUGAGCAACUCGAGCUGCCGGAAGAGCGUGCACCAAAUGCGGAGCAUACUUCCCGGAUAAUAAUAAAACAAGACGAUCUUUUUGCGAGCUUGGCUGCGUGACACAGGCAGCCGCUGCUCUCACCUAUUGGUUGCUUGCUCCUUGAGCAAAUAUUUUAUACCUGAAUUGAUUGUUUUUUGUAGUGUCGGGCGUGGUACGUUGUAGAGCACAAACAAGGUUGCUUUUGUCGGCAUCCUGGCCGAGGAGAUGAGCGCGGCGGUGUCAAGCGGGGCAGCUUCCGGUAUCGGCGAACAAGAGAAAGAACGCCAGGACGCUGCCGCCACCUUGGACGAGAUAGACGGCUGCCUUCGCCGGUGGAAAGCCGCGCGGCACGAAGGCCAGGCGGUCCUGACGGACCUCAGCAACGCUCUCCUGCUUCGGACAUACGUGGACAAAGGAGGUGGUGGUGGUGGUGGUGGGCGUGCCGCCACCGAUGGUGCGGUGUGGGGCGCUCUGGCGGGUGCGGGGACGACGGUUUCACGUGUGUCGGUCGCCACCGAGCACCGCGCUCGUCGCCUCCACGGCGACCUGAGCGCUCUGCAAGACGCCAUGGUCGCCGCAGCGGGGGAACUCCGCCGGCACGCCCGAGAGGUACGGCGGCGCUGGGUGUCUGCACGGGCGGGAGGGGAGGACCACCGCACAAGCGGUAGUAGUAGCGGCGCCAAGGCAAGGGUGGAAGCGGCAGAUGCAGUAGCCGUUGCGGUGCAGGACGGCGAUGGUGCCGGGUGCGGCAGCGGGGCUGGCGGCGGCGGCGGCGGUGCGGCGGUUGGAGGCGGCUACGCGCUCGUGGACGUCGCCGACACCACGUCUCAGGUCGCCGAGAUGCUCAUGAAGGAAGCCUUGGUCACGGCCACCGUAGUGCAGGGAGUUGGCCAAGAGCACGGCAGGGACGAUAGGGAGGCGCUAACCGUCUACGCCGCGGCUUGGAUGAUGCAGCCGUAUGUCGACGCGGGGCGGUUGAAGGAGCUAGAGGUUAUGGUCGGAGGGCAGGGAAGGGGAAAGCGCGGCUGAAAGAUUUUCAAUUUUUGUGCAAGGCGCUCUCUCUGUCUCUCUCUCUCUCUCUCUCUCUCGGUCCCUGUUCUAAGCCCCGGCUGUGUGUUGCUGGUGGACAAGUUUUGUCCAGUAAGGUGGUAUGUCUCUGUUUCUAUGUUUCUAUGUGUCGCAAAUAGCUUUACGACACAGUUUGUUUCAGACGAAUCUUACCGAUUAUUGUUUCAAGUCUCGCGCACAAGUGUUCACGUCGUGCUAUACCUGCUACGCGGACGCGCGCAGUUUUAGUUUCCCUUAAAACGGUGAAAGUUCACGACGCAGGGGGGCACUUCGUGAGCUUCAUUUUCAUGACAGAGUAGUUGUUGUGUGGAAGCAAUAUGAGGCGUUCUGUGGACCAGUAUAUUCGUGUUGUUGAUUUGGUCCUGUGCUCGAUGAUUGUAGGGUAGGCGAUACCCAAAGUAUGUUGCGCAACGAAACUGGGGCGCCAGCGUUGUAGGACGUGCCGCUUGAUGAUACAUAUGACAUCACGACUGCCGU